AUGUCACUUGAAGGAGAGAACGACUUCACCGGUAAGCUUAGGCUACCGUUGCCACCGACUUUCUCAGGUAAACCUGCGGAAUGGGAAGAAUGGUCGUGGAAGUUUCGCGCGUACUUGUCGAUGUUUGAUGCACAGGCUGCAAGGUACUUGGAACAGCACGAGAAUGAUGAGGCACCGCUCACGGAUGAGGCACUUGAGGUGCACGUGCUUACAGAAGAAGGUGUUGCAGCACUUGAUCAGACCGCGACGGCAGGUAGAGUCACUUUCAGUCGGAAGUUGCAUUAUCUGCUUGCGAACUUGACGUCAGAGUCGGCAUUGCUUGUGGUUCGUCAGAACUACGACUCGAAUGGGUUUGAGACUUGGCGUCGACUUGUCAAGAAGUUUGCGUUGCCAGAUGCUGCGAGGCAUGUUUCACUUCUGACGCAGUUGCUUGACUUUCGGUUUGGGUCGCAUACGUUCGAGCAGGAUUUCAACACUUGGGAGACGAUCAAGACAAAGUAUGAGCGACAGACCGGACAUGUUUCGGCAAAUUGUCCACUUGGUCGUGUGAGUGCGGUUGAUGAGAAUGCCACUUUGGAUGGCUCGUUUGAAGAUUGGUCAGUCGAUGACACUUGGCAAGUUGGUGACUUUGAGGAAGAAUGGUGGAGCGAUGACUUAGUCGCAGCGGUAGGACUUGGUUGGAGUGAUGAGGAAUGGUGGCCUGCAUGGGACGAUGGUUGGUCGUCCACUUGGAGUGAUUGGAACGACGACACUUGGAGUGUCGUGUCGCCACCACCUGCUGUUGAGAAGGCUACUUCAGCCCCGCCAUCGCAUGCUGCGGAGCCGAAGGCAACUUCGGGUGCCCCAGUGAGUGCUGUCACUUUGGGAACGCCGCCUGCGAGACUUUCCUCCGCGGCGAAGCCCAAGGCGACACCCAAGGCUACUUCGAAGGCCUCUGGACUUGCCAUUGCGGCAAUUACACUUGGGAGCAUGUUUGCUGGUACGCAGUCGUGUUUCGUUUCGCCAACUUGUGAUGCAUCGCUUGAUUGCAUGUUGAGUGGAAGCAUUGUGUUUGAUGGCUUUGGUCGCUCACUUGGUGCACGAAGUGAUGUGGCCACUUGGCAGUUGUCCCCUGUGUGCGACUUGCCGUUGAAGAAUGAAGCGAAUCAAACUUCGCUCUCGAAUCCGACUUCGUUGUCCGAUUGGGGUUUGGAGCACUUGAGUUCCACCUUCUAUGACCCCUACUUGGCCGAGCAUGAGGUUGCUGUUGCAUCAGUUGAGACAGGACUUGAGACUUGGAUCCUGUUUGAUUCCGGUGCUGCAGCAAAUUGCUGUCCCCCGGACUUUGCUCCGGACUUCCCGUUGUUGAAACUUGAAGAACGAGCACCUCCGCUUAAGAGCAUUUCAGGCCAGACUUUGCAGAUCUAUGGUCGAAAGCUUGUUGCCUUUGAGUUGGAUGGUCAGCGACUUUGGUUGAACUUUUAUGUGUGCGAUGUACCGUACAGUGUGAUUUCAGUCGCUAGACUUUUGCAGCAAGGAUGCAAGGCAGUGUUGACAUCUGAGGGAUCUCAGCUUGAAGGUCCCACGGGUGCAACUUUUCCUGUCACAAGACAUGGUUCACUUCUGUUCUUGUGUCCGACGCUUGCUGAAUUUGAUCCGAAUGAGUAUGCAGACUUCAGCAAAGGAUUCCAUGAACAGUUCGCAGUGAGACCUCCUCCUGGACUUGUUGCGCCGACCCUUAAGCCCACGUACUACCACGCGGACAGUUGGGUACUUGAUGAGGCCAACGCAACCUUGACGAGGCUUCACAAGCGUGGUCGAGCAACUUUGUUUUCUCCCGAAGGAACCAAGGAUCGGCCGGUUGAGUUGAAAGACUUGACAGGUGAACGUGUGACAGUCAUGAACUUUGAAGAUGGUUCGUCUAAAACCUUGAAUGAUGAUUGGCGAAAAAGUGAUGAUCCCCGAGCAAAGCAGGAUAAGUACUUCAAGGGCAAAACCGUCUUCAAACUUGCUUCGAAACCAACAGGUAGGAGACUUGUAGGCAAGCAGUCAACUUUGCCCCGUCCUGAAGUUCAUGUUGAAAUGCCACCGCCUGUCCCAAGUUCUAGGACUUCAACCCAGAAACUUAGUCCAGAAGUUGUCCUGCGAGAUCAUGGUGAAUAUGCUGAUACUUUCCGAAAGCGAGUGUUUGACUUGGUGGCGGAUGAAGCAGUUGAUCCCAUGAAAGGUCUUGAGAACUUUGUGAAGAGAUCACUUGAUGAUGUGGAUCCACAGACCAAUGAGGCCUACACCCACGACACUUGGGUGCAGUUGCCAACCAUGUGGAUUAGACUUCACCGUCAGCCACGAAAGAACUUGUUCGUGCCUUCAGAGCGUUCCGAAGGCGGUCCGAACUUGAGCGAGUUAAGCAAAGCACGGGUUACAAUACAACUUGACGAUCAUGGGAGCAUGAAGGUUGAUGAAGACGAUUGGACACUUGAAGGUGCAGAUCGUGACGUUGUUGAACCCUUUGCUUGUGGUGGUGCGACUUGCUUUGAGAAGCGUGACUUGUAUGUCAAGGAGAUUCCCGAGGUGGCCGAACCUGACUUGUUUGAGACAUCGGCCCGGCGACCGAGAGGACUUCCUGCGCCCUCGGAGCCGACGCUCACGGAGCGUAAAGAGCAUGAACUUACGCACCUGCCUUUUCGUUCUUGGUGCCCGAUUUGCGUCCGUGCAAAGAGCAAACAGAACCACAGCAGGACUUUGAAAACGAAGCAGCCGGUCGUUCAACUUGACUACUGCUUCCUUGGAGAUAAUCCUGAAGAGCCCCAGGUUACUCUCCUCACCGCUGUGGACUUGCUGUCGGGCAUGGGACUUUCGUGCGUUGUUCCAGCCAAAGGCACAAAAGUUGAGACAGAUCACUUUGUCUUUCCACCGCAGCAGCCGAGACCUGGAGAGAACUUGGUUGAGCCACCAGACGAUCCGGAUGCCAUUCCGGAAAACUUAGGAAAUGCUGGUGACCUGGCGCAAGAACUUGAGCAAGACAUGUUGCGUGAGCUUCAGUCGACUUCGGAAACCCGCACGGCCGCCGACUUGCCAGUGCCUGAGGGACCGAUGGAUGCUGAAGAACUUGCAGAGAGGCAGGACAAGCGCAGUCAUGAGGAACCUACUUCCUCCGCUGAAAGAGCUUCCUCUGAGCCUGCGACUUCGCGAAGGCGCGUAGGCGUCACGACGGAGCGCAAGCGCGACACUUCAGAGGUCCCUGAAGCAGCGACGAAAGUGCAGCGCAUUUCGUCACUUGUCCGCUCGCCUGACCAGCAGAUGCGAAUUUUCGACUUGAGAAUUUCUGCCGUCACCACGAAGCAGGCUGGGAUGUCCACUUGUAAACCGGCUCCGUCUCCUGGCACGGAUGCGUUGAAGAAGGUUUCCGAGACUGCGGAAGCACUUAAUCCUGAGGAGCAUAAACGGUAUCGCAAACUUGUCGGUCAGCUCUUGUGGAUGUGCAACUUGCGCAUGGACAUCAUGUAUGCCGUGAAAGAGUUGUCGCGUGGACUUGCGUCUCCUACGACGGAUCAUUGGGCAAAGUUAAAGCACUUGCUUCGGUAUCUUGCAGGUACCAAGGAGUAUGUCCAAGAACUUCGCCCGAACAUCCGGUUGUCUGAAAAGGCUGCGCAGAAUUGGUGGUUGGUCCAACCUACUUUUCCAGCUGGUGAGACUUUGCUUGGCCUACGCGAUUUGGCGAUUGAAGAGGCGCAGCGUUGGACUUUGGAGAUGCAUCAGCGAGCCUUUGUCCAGGACACUUACGCCUCAUUUUCGACUUUCUCCAACUUUUGGCGACAUGAGGUCUUUAUGUCGAUACUUUUCAGUGGAUUGCAGAAGGAGAGACUUACAAUUCGGCAACUUCUGUUGAUUCCACGAGAUCCGAGAACCAACUUUCUGUUGGUGGUGCCGCUCUUGUUCGUGCUUUUUCCGGGACUUUAUCAUCCUGGUUCAAGGCAGUACCCAGGACUUUAUCACUCAGUCCAUGGGCCUCCUUUGUACUUUACCUUCGAGCUGCAAUGGAUUACUUCAUUGGCAAUCGAGAUGCUGGGAGUCCACUUGUUUUCUCCUCAAGAAAUUAACUUCAUGCCGUGGACGUGUUACAUUGUGUUGCCGCGGUCGACUUGGGCAAGGCUUAUGCAGCGACUUGUGACACAAAGGGUGCUUGUCAUUACCCCAGCCGACUUGGUUUGGACUUCUGGGAUGUUGAAUGUAGGGUUCUCCCUACGAUCAACUUUACUAUUCACCAUAUUUAACUUUCAGUUUCAUCCUGGGAGAGCAGAGUAUCAAGAAUCAUUCGUUGCACUUGGCUUCAGUAUCUCUGGUCAAACUUUCGGUGCAAUGAUGUCUUCUGGAGGCAACAUAUGGAACAGACGAUACCGAGAUUACUUCAUCAAGCUGCCACUUCUGCAACUUUUCCACCCGGCGGAGAUCGCUACCCUGGUGUCGUUUACUUGCACAAACCAGGCACUUACUUUUGCAAGACUUGGGGAAAUGUACCACAACUUUAUCCAGGCGGAAACCCAUUUGUGGUUGGGCCACAUUCCACUUCACAAAGCGUGGCUGCGACCUGGAGAAGCUGAACUUGGUGACGACGAGACGGUUGAUCCUCACUUGGUUCGGAGGAUGAUGCAGUAUGACCUGCAUCGGCCCAAGUUUUGA